AUGAGUGGACGCAUUCCAUUGCUGUUCCAGCUAUGCCUUGUCUUCUUCACCGUCUUGGCGAGGGCAGCUGCCCAGGAGCCCCUUGUCGAUGAGAGGCCGAUAUACCGUGCAGGGGAUGCCAUCCCCGUGACGUGUCUGAACAGAACAUCAGACACCGGCGAGCAUGUCACGGAUGCCUCAGGACAGCUUCAAUAUGUGCCCUUCCCCGUGUGCAAUGAGACCGGACGACCGCUAGAGAUCUACUUUGGUGUCGAGAAGGACAUCAAUUGCACCAUCGACUUCAUCUCUGACCCCAUGUUCCAUCUCCUCGAGUUCUACGUUCACAACGACGCCCCCAUGACCUGUCGCAUUCCCGCUCGUCCCAUUGUCGAGUCUUCGCUGGCCGACAAGGCUCCCAAGGAAGAUCCGUCGAUCGAGGGCCAGGGCAGCUUGAGCACUGAUUACAUCCCCUUGAUCAUUGCCUUGACCGGCACCCUGCAACUCUCGCAUUUGCACGUCUCGUCACACCUCAACAUGCUGCUGCAUGCCGCCCCCAAAUCCGUCUCGCCCGGUGUCAUCGAUGCCGCCACUGCAUACUCCAUCUCCACCCGCCCGCCGACCCGCAUAGUCAUCGGUGACGCUCUACCAUUCACAUUCUCAAUCCGCUGGUACUCCGGCCAACAACUGCCGUCUGGCUGGUCCGGCGUCGGCGGUCAUAUCUACGCAAGCACUUUGAUCUACUGUAUCUUGAGUGCUGGUGCCGCAGCUGCCAUCUGCAUCGUCUACUUCCGAGGCGUCGAAUUGCCGAGAAGGCUCAGGAACCAUGGAAAAGAUAGGAUGACUGGAGGCAUGGAGGGUGGCAGACUAGGUGGCUAUGGAUACAAUGCGGGUACUAGCAGUUAUGCGCUUAGUUCUGCUGGAGGAAAGAGAGAUUGA